CUUUCCUUUGUUCUUUAUCCUUUGUAAUAGAACCAGCACCAUGCAAGCAGGGUCUCGAUCUGGGCAUCUUGAUCGACCGUUCGUCGAGUAUUCGGCCUGUUAACCAUGAACGCCUUCUAAAAGAUUUCCUGCCCAAAUUCCUUAAAAGUUUCAAAAUUGCCAAAAGAAAGACCAACGUGGGUAUCAUCGCCUACGACGAGGCUGCAGAGCUUCUUGCCCCAUUUAACGGUCGAAACUCCAGAUCUAAGACAAGGAUAAUUAACUUCGUGAAAUCUCUGCACCCGGGCGUUCAGUUACAAACUCGUACGGACAAAGGGCUGAUAGCCGCUAAUAAAGAAUUGUUUACUAAAGGCAAUGGCGACAGGAAAAGCCACCAAAACGUGCUCGUGACUUUCACUGACGGGAGAGCUUGGCCUAAGAGACGUAUUAAACCAUUCACGGAGACAGUACCUCCGCUUAUGCAAGGGAGAAAGGUGCACAUGGUUGCUGUUGGUUACGGAUUACCAUAUAAGCUAAACGUGAGUCAGCUCCACGACAUCGCUGGUGAAAAUGUGAUCCCGGUUCCGAGGCCGCGUCAGAUCACGAGAAUGGCAAAGAAAAUCAAAAAAGUGGUCUGCCAGGUGGAUGGUGGCUACUCGGCGUGGAGUAUGUGGUCCAUGUGUAGUGCCACAUGUGGCGAAGGAGUCAGAAUGCGAAGCAGAAUCUGUAAUUCACCUCCGCCCAGAAAGGGAGGAAAACAUUGUGCCAGUCUGGGAAGCAAUUACGAAACAGCGACAUGCAAUGAGGCCGAAUGUCCAAUAGUACCAUCACCAUGCGAACAUAAGAAACUGGACGUGUGCCUCAUCGUUGAUUCGUCUAAGAGCGUUGGUGUUCAGAAUUUUGUCCGUGUGAAGACCUUCCUGAUCCAAUUCAUUCACCAGUUUGAGCCGGACACACACUUCAGUGUUAUUACCUUCUCUAGAAAGCCCAUCGUACAAUGCAAAUUCGACUCACCUCAGUGUCAGUCUCCAGACGCAACCCACGGUCUCAUUUCAGAGAUACCUGACAAGGUUUCCUGGGGCACUGCAACAGAUAGAGCCUUAGUCGCUGCCGACCAGAUUGUGUUUACGCGGGAGAAUGGCGAAAGAGCGGAUGCUGCCAACAUCGUCGUGGUUGUUACGGACGGAAGGACGAUGAAGGGUUCUCUGCCAUUUAACAUUACCGUCCCUCCAUUAAGGGAAGGAAAACAAGCUAAGGUGUUAGCAUUCGGUGUUGGCCCAUCCAUACGUGAAGAGGAUCUUAACGAGAUGGCAGGAGAGAAGAAUUGGUUCUACGUGGAACAGUUUGAAGAGAUGAAAUACAGAAUCUAUGAUAUUCUAGAGACGGCUUGUGGUAAUAUCACCUCAGUAAACGGCGUACCAACAAGCUUGUAGAGCCAGAGAACGAGGACUUGCAGACGACGGUUGGGCGAGCGGGUUAUAUUCCUUUCACAAGAUAAUUCAGUGGGUUCAGGCUGAUCAAAGAAAAAUAAACGACUUGUGGCCUUUCGACUAUUGCGGGAUUACGUUUUACCAGGGAAGUGCAAGGGACAUUCCAAUUUAUAUUUUACAUGGUAUAACUGCAGUGACUUGAAUAAAAGCGAUGGUUAUCAUU